UCCGGCAAAGGUCGUCGCCGGUGCCAUGAGACCGGAGGAGGCUGCGGUGGCACAGGAGGCGGCGCAGCGGGUGACGCGCGUCUUCGAUCCGAGCCUCGGCGUGUGGCGCAUGGUACGGUCGGGCGGCGAGGUGCUCGAGAGCUGCGUCAGCCGCCAGGAGCAGCGGCAGCUCAUGGCGGCAAAGGCGCGAACGGUCCAGCCGAGCGUGAGUGCAGCGCCCUCCGUCGGACAAGAGUCGUACACAGGGAGAGAUAAGUUUCCGUCGCAGCAUCCGUGGUUUGGGUACAAGUAAGCGCUAUUACGACACGUCACUGACUGUCACUGCUGUGCGUGGCGUGCGCUCUAUCGUGCGAUUUUUCGUCUACCCGCGUCUCUCCCGUGGCCGCGCGUGACGUCUAAGGCGUCUUGUGGGCCGUGCCCCGUGCGUGGGAUCUGGGAUGUGUUCUCGUCAGACGUCACGAACGUGCGUGUUGUAAGACCACGAACACGAC